GAUCAUCUGGUGGAUUUAUUGUCCAUCAAAUUGGUGCUCGCGUUGAGAGUUUGAGAAUCAUACUCAGAGGAAAUCCUCCCCAAAGACGAUGGUGCAAACACGCAGCAACGCCAACAUUGGUACCGGAGCUCCCCACUAGGGAGAAAACAGCGCCACUGGAGGUCGGCACCCCCCCAUCACCACGGGGGAGGCAGAGGCCCUCAUCUAGAGGGUCGGAAUCACAGCUGAGCAAUUCAAGGAGGUGCUGGAGGCACUUACACCCAAUCGCAAGAUUGUGGUGGAGGAUAUGGUUGGGGGACCCGCAGGCGGGAAGGCUGGACCCGCGGGCUCUCAAGGGAAAAAGAAGAAAGUGAGGCGGUCCCAGAAAAAUAAGGCUACCAAGCCUAAUGGGAAGGCUGUGAUGGAAGAUGCGCUCUCCAGAUUGGACGAAGAGUCGUCCUCCUUCGAGCGGAUGUCUGCUUUUGACCGUUUGGGAGAUCCGAAGUCAAAGAAACCUCGGACCUCUGCGUUCGAACGGUUGCAGGACACUCGGUCGGCCCGAAAAGGUGACUUAAGGGACACGCUCAAGGAGAAGAGAGGGGAGUCCACAGCGACCUCCAAGAUCGGUUCGGAGGAGCGACGGACGACAGUCGGGGACAAGGGCGCAGCCGAGCUGUGGAGAAUGUACGAACGACUGGAGAAGCGGCUGGACGCCCAGAACCCCUACCGCCAGGCGGUCUUCAGUGAGGUAACGCCCUUCUCCAGAAGGAUAAUGUCUUGUCCUCUCCCGGAUAAUUUCAAGACUCCCCAGAUCAAAGCGUACAACGGGACAACCGAUCCCCAGGAUCACCUCGCUCGCUUCGGGGCAAACGUGGUCAUGUAUGCGUACCCCGAGGAAAUCAAGUGUCGGUGUUUCUUGGCGACACUGGAAGGGCAGGCUUGUGAGUGGUUCCACAAGUUACCCAAAGGUUCGAUAGAUAAGUGGAGCGACCUGGCCCACAAGUUCUUGGAGCAUUUCGCGUCCAGCCGGAGACAAAAGCUCCCCUUCUCGCACUUGCUCAACGUGAAGAUUCGAAAGGGAGAGCAGCUCCGGGAGUUCAUCAAUAGGUGGGAAAAGGAGGCUUGGGACGUCCAAGGGGCGGACGACCAAGCCCUGAUCGCCAUGCUCCAAGCUGCACUCCCCCAAGGGGAUGUGCGCAAGGAGCUGCGACGGAAUCCUCUCUCGACCUAUCAGGAGAUGUUGGCCAGGGCGAAGUACCUGGUGUUGGAAGAAGAAGAUGAUGAGCCACCAGCCCGGAAGGAGAAGAAAAGCGGGCCACCGGUGGCAGAAGGAAAGAAGAGGAAGGACUACGGUAAGGGGCCGAACCCCACCGGGUAUCACGCGAACAGGCAUCCUGUUCAUGCGGUACAGUCGUUGCCUGCCCCUCCUCCCGGUCGGGAAAGUUAUGGUGUGCAAGAUGCACCCAAAUACUGCGAGUAUCACCGUAACAGCACCCACAACACGUCGGAGUGCGUUACGCUAAGGAAGGAGAUGGAUCAGUUGAUCGCAAGGGGGCCACCUCCUCGGUCGGAGCGACCGUCCUCAAGUAACCGGACCUGGAAGAGACCGCCAGCCCCCACGGCAGCGAUCACGGCAGGAGAGGGGCAGGAGGAUGGACGACGGCAUCUAGGAAGAGAUUGUGAUGAUCUAGAUGAGGAGGAAAGGCAAGGUCGUCGGCACCUAGGGUGUCGGUUCAUCAUGGGGGGAAACACUGGAGGGGAUUCAGUAUCUUCCCGGAAGAAGUGGAAGAACAUGGUGUACCUGGCCGAGGUACAAAGGCCGCCGCUGCCUAAGCGGAAGAAGAAGGAACCUUUGAUCUUUACAGACGAAGAUUAUCCCCUAAUCCUCAGCCCUCACAGGGACGCUCUGGUGAUAAAGGUGGAAAUCGGUAAUGUGGUUGUUCACCGGACUUUGGUCGAUACGGGCAGCUCAGUCAAUGUUAUGUACAGCAACACCUUUAAGGAGUUGGGGUUGUCCCGAAACGACCUGAAACCGAUCCAUACGCCAUUGUCAGGGUUCACAGGGGAUACUAUCGAAGCUGAAGGAACUAUCACGGUGAAGGCCGGGGUAGGAGAUGGCACCCACUGACUCUGGAUCGACAUGGAAUUUAUGGUAGUGCAGCUUGACUGUGCACACCAUCUGAUUCUGGGGCGACCAGGGUUGGAGGACCUGGAGUGCGUAAUCUCCCCCGUCCACUUAUGCCUAAAGUUCAAUACCCCCACUGGGGUGGGGGUGGCGAAGGGGAACCAGAGCCUGUCACGGUCGUGCUACGUUAGGGCGACCAAAAGCCAGGCCCGAGUCGACGAGAAUGUGAGCACGAUCUCUGCGGCAAUCCAGAGGGAGGAUGGGCGACCUCGAGCUGAGCCGGCGGAAGAGUUGAAGAAGUUUCUUUGGACCCGAUCAAGCCAGAGCGGAAGGUGAAGGUAGGUAAAACCUUACCGCUUAAAUUAAAGGAGCAGUUAUUGG